UGACGAUGACGAUGGCUCUGCAGGGGGCGAGUGUGGGGGGGUAAUCAGUGCCCUUCCCCUGCCCUCCGCUCGGCUCUCUGCAGGGGUGGAAGAUGGUACCGGUCAACCCUGAGCCGGACGGGGAGCCCGCAGCCACCGCCAUCGCGAGAUGGAGGAGCCCACGCCCGAGCCCGUCUACGUGGACGUGGACAAAGGGCUGACCUUGGCCUGCUUCGUCUUCCUCUGCCUCUUCCUGGUCGUCAUGAUCAUCCGCUGCGCCAAGGUCAUCAUGGACCCUUACAGCGCCAUCCCCACGUCCACCUGGGAGGAGCAGCACCUGGACGACUGAGGCGCGGGGCAGGGCUGCCCCUGGCCACCGGCCUGCCAGCCCACAGAGACCAGCAAUGGACGCAGCCCGUGGGGAUGGAGAGUGUCCACCUGAGCCUUGCCUGCUGUCACAGCAGCACCCGAGUGACACGCUCGCAGUGCUGUGGGUUUUCCAACCGUGGGCCGGCCUGGGAAUCACUGACCGGGGUGUGGUCACCUUCCCUGGCUCUGGCACAGACACCUCCAUCACACGACGGCAGUCUCCUUUUGAGGGGACCUUCUGCCCUUGAAAUGCAGACUAGCACACGCAGUGGGACUCGCAGCACAGAUGUCCCACCCAAACGCAAGGCCCCUCCCAACGGGCCGCCGGCACAGAAGGCGGCAGGGCGUGAAAGGAGAUGGCAGGGAACUCAGAAAAGGUGCAGAGGCUGCCUCCCAGCCGCAUUUUUAAAAAACUAAAAUAGAGAGGGACAUAUUUUUCCUGUUAUAAAUGAAAUGUGCAUUUUAGAAAUUUGGGAAAAUACGGAAAAAAAAUAGAAGGAAAAGGCGGUAAAAGAACACUUCUACUCCCGCCCCCCAGAAGUCCGCAUUGUGAAACGCUUUCUCCCAGCCUUUUUCACACACAUUUUUUUAGACAGUCAAAUCCACGCCGCACGCAUGAUGCUGUGUCAUCCAUGUUACACGGAUAUGCCCCCCCCACCGCCCAGACGCUCUCCACGGCUGUGGUCUCUGGUGGCGGCAGAGAAUCCCAACAGGUGGCUAGGUCCUAGUUUAACAGUCAGUUCCUCUGGUCACACAUACUAAUCUUGCUAAUCUUUCCUCACACAAAAUGAUCUCCUCCAGGACCCUCAUGAGCGUGCACAGGCUCCGACGUGAGCAUCGGGCGGGGAGACCGGGUGCUGGUC